CGGACCUUUUUGUUUACGUAGUACUCUGUCAAAACCAGCACACGUUACAUCCGGUGGAGAGACUCGAAGGAGUUUGACACCAUGGCAGCGUUCGGAGAAAUGGGAGUGAUGCCUGAAAUUGCACAGGCGGUGGAAGAAAUGGACUGGCUGUUGCCAACAGACAUUCAGGCCGAAUCCAUUCCACUGAUUUUGGGCGGAGGAGACGUUCUCAUGGCUGCUGAGACUGGAAGUGGAAAAACUGGAGCAUUCAGUAUUCCAGUCAUCCAAAUAGUCUAUGAGACCCUUAAAGACCAGCAGGAGGGGAAGAAAGGACGCAGUGCUGUAAAGACAGGAGGAGCAGUUUUCAAUAAAUGGCAGAUGAACCCUUAUGACAGAAGUACUGCAUUUGCUAUUGGUCCAGAUGGUGUGUUAUGUCAGAGCAGAGAGUUUAAAGAGUGGCAUGGCUGUCGUUCCACCAAAGCAGUCACAAAAGGGAAGUAUUAUUACGAAGUAAGCUGUCACGAUCAAGGGCUGUGCAGGGUGGGCUGGUCCACUGCCCAAGCAUCACUGGACUUGGGAACGGACAAAUAUGGAUUUGGCUUCGGAGGAACUGGAAAGAAAUCUCACAAUAAGCAGUUUGAUAGCUAUGGAGAGGAGUUCACUAUGCAUGACACCAUUGGAUGCUACAUAGAUCUGGAUAAAGGCCAAGUGUCAUUCUCCAAAAAUGGUAAUGAUCUGGGUCUGGCUUUCGAGAUCCCUCCACAGCUGAAAAACCAGCCUUUCUUUGCUUCCUGUGUGCUGAAGAACGCUGAACUGAAAUUCAACUUUGGUGAUGAACCUUUAAAAAACCAACCUAAAGAUGGAUACGUGGCCCUGAACCAGGCUUCAGACGGUCAUGUGGUCAAAUCCAGCCAGACAGGCAGUGCUAAAGUGAGUCAGGUCAAAUCCAGUUCUAACGCCCCCAGAGCUCUCAUCAUCGAGCCGUCUAAAGAGCUGGCUGAACAAACCCUCAAUAACGUCAACCAGUUCAAGAAAUAUGUUGAUAACCCCAAACUGAGGGAUCUUCUGAUCAUCGGUGGAGUGGCUGCUAAAGAACAGCUGUCCAUUUUAGAAAGCGGAGUUGACAUUGUGGUUGGGACCCCAGGCAGACUGGAUGAUCUCAUAUCCACAGGAAAGCUAGAUCUAUCCCAAGUCCGUUUCCUGGUUCUGGAUGAGUGUGAUGGACUCCUCUCGGCUGGCUACACUGACUUCAUCAUGAGGGUCUACAACCAGAUCCCACAGGUCACUUCAGAUGGCAAAAGACUACAGGUGAUAGUUUGCUCUGCUACACUGCACUCAUUUGAUGUGAAGAAGCUCUCAGAGAAGAUCAUGCAUUUCCCCACAUGGGUGGAUCUAAAGGGAGAAGAUUCUGUUCCAGAAACGGUUCAUCACGUGGUGGUGCCAGUCAACCCAAAAACUGACAAGCUUUGGGAGAGACUGGGGAAAAACCACAUUAGGACUGAUGAAGUUCAUGCCAAGGAUGACACACGACCUGGAGCCAACACUUCCGAGAUGUGGUCAGAGGCCAUUAAGAUUCUGAAGGGAGAGUACGCGAUCAGAGCCAUUAAGGAGCAUAAGAUGGAUCAGGCCAUCAUCUUCUGCAGGACAAAGAUUGACUGUGACAAUAUGGAGCAGUACUUAAUCAAGCAGGGAGGAGGUCCAGACAAGAAAGGACACCAGUUUUCUUGUGUCUGUCUUCAUGGCGACAGGAAACCAAAUGAGCGCAAAUAUAACUUGGAGCGAUUCAAGAAACAGGAAGUGAAGUUUCUGAUUUGCACAGAUGUUGCUGCUAGAGGAAUUGAUAUUCAUGGAGUUCCUUAUGUAAUAAAUGUGACUCUACCGGAUGAGAAGCAGAACUAUGUUCAUCGCAUUGGAAGAGUUGGCAGAGCGGACAGGAUGGGUUUGGCUAUAUCUCUGGUUGCCAUGGAGAAAGAGAAGGUGUGGUACCACGUUUGUCCCAACAGAGGAAAAGGCUGCUAUAACACCAAGCUCAAAGAGAAUGGAGGAUGUACUAUUUGGUACAACGAGAAAGAGCUCUUGUCAGAAAUCGAGGAACAUCUGAAAUGCACCAUUACUCAGUGUGAACCUGAUAUCAAAGUCCCUGUGGAUGAAUUUGAUGGCAAAGUGACUUAUGGGCAGCGCAGGACUGCAGGGGGUGGUCUCUAUAAGGGCCAUGUGGAUAUAUUGGCCCCAACCGUGCAGGAACUGGCCAACCUGGAGAGAGAGGCCCAGACAUCCUUCCUUCAUCUCGGCUAUCUACCCAACCAGCUCUUUAAGGCCUUCUAAA